CAGCUAGCUGCGAGAGGCGUGAGACAGUUUCUGUGUCUGAGACUGUUUCUGAGACUGUCUCUGUGUCUGUGUCGUGGCUCUGCUUUUGUUUUAUAACCCAACAUGAAUCUACCGAAGGGACCAGACUCUUUGUGCUUCGAUAAGGAUGUUUUUAUGAAGGAUGACUUUGACGUCGACCAGUUUGUGGCCGAGUGUCGCAAACAGGUCCAGCUGGAGGAGAUGAGAGAGGACCUGGAGCUUUACUACAAGCUGCUGAAGACAGCCAUGGUGGAGCUCAUCAACAAGGACUACGCCGACUUUGUUAACCUCUCCACCAACCUGGUGGGGAUGGACAAAGCCCUCAAUCAGCUUUCUGUGCCACUCGGACAGCUACGAGAGGAGGUUAUGAGUCUGCGCUCCUGUGUUAGUGAAGUGAUUCAGGCUAUAGACAGCCAGCUGUCCAAACAGGAAGAUCUGCAGAAAAAAAAGGUGUGUGUAUUGAGGCUGAUUCAGGUGGUGCGCUCAGUGGAGAAGAUUGAGAAGAUCCUCCACUCACAGAACUCCAAGGAAUCCAGCUCUCUGGAGAUCAGCAGUCCCUUGUUAGCAGGUCAGAUCCUGGAGAGGAUUGCUACAGAAUUCAACCAGCUGCAGUUCCACGCUGUGCAGAGUAAAGGCAUGCCCCUUCUGGACAAAGUCAGACCUCGCAUUGCAGGGAUCACCUCCAUGCUGCAGCAGUCUCUGGAGGGCCUACUGAUCGAGGGUCUGCAGACAUCCAAUGUGGACAUGGUGCGUCACUGCCUGAGGACAUAUGCCACCAUAGACAAGACUCGAGAUGCAGAGGCCUUAGUAGGCCAGGUGCUGGUUAAACCAUAUAUGGACCAGGUGAUUGUAGAAGAGGUGGUGAAGUCCAGCUCAAAUGGUCUCCAGCUGAUGUACUCCAGACUGUUGGAUUUUGUUCCUCAUCACUGUAGACUACUUAGGGAGGUUACUGGAGGAGCCAUAUCCAGUGACAAAGCUGACACAGUGCCAGGUUAUGAUUUCCUGGUGAACUCUGUGUGGCCGGAGAUGAUCAAAGGGAUCGAGGAGAGGUUGGCGUACCUCUUCAACCCUGGAAACCCCGACAUAUUCUUUGAGCGUUACAGCGCGAGCAUGGAGUUUGUGCGGAAGUUCGAGCGUCAGUGCAGCUCGCAGGCCAGUGUGAAGAGACUGAGAGUACACCCCUCAUAUACCAGCUUCCACAACAAAUGGAACCUCCCUGUCUACUUUCAGCUACGGUACAAGGAAAUAGCAGGAAGUCUGGAGAAUGCCAUAAGUGAUGGACUAGAGGCGGCACCAGCUGGCAGUGCAUACCACCUGCAGGUAUCUGAGGUGUUGUGCUCCUGUCUAGUGAGAUGUUGGUCAGACAAAGUCUAUCUGUCACCUCUGGCUCAUCGCCUCUGGAAGCUCACGUUGCAGCUCUACGCACGAUAUGCCAAGUUUCUUGAUGAGGUAUUGACCAAGACCCCAGCCCCAGAAGUGACUAAAGAGCCAACCAGGCCUCUGCCGAGCUCAGCCUCCUCCACCUCCAGCCGAACAUCAAUGGAUGAGGGCGGUAGCGAGAGUGGGAGUCCUACCUCCCUGUCCACCAAACAACUGGUCUAUAUUGCAGCUGACAUCCAAAAGCUGCAGGAGCAGGUAUCAGAGUUGUCACAGAUGGUCAGACGGCGGUUAGAGGCCAUUGGAUUCAAAAAUUUUGCUGUUGUGGAAGAUGCUUUAUUAGACUCCAAGGCUUGCCUGUCAAGUAGCAUCCCCACUCUGAACACCAGGAUGACCCAGCAUCUGACUGAACGCAGUUGCCGCUUCCUGAAGAGUGCCUCUGAGGUUCCACGGCUCUACCGCAGAACUAAUAAGGAUGUGCCUGUGCGUGCAUCAGCCUACAUGGACAACGCCUUACGUCCUUUACAUCAGCUGCUGACUGACUCAACAGGUCUAGUCACCCCGUCUACGGCACAAGAGUGGCUGCGAGUUGCACUGUCAGAUUGCACACAGAGGUACUAUGAGACCAUCUCAGAGGUGCUGAGUUCAGUAAGAAAGAUGGAGGAGAGUCUGAAGCGACUAAAGCAAGCCAGAAAGGGUGCAACCACGACUACCACGACGGGAGCGAACGGUGGCCUUACAGACGACGGCAAGAUCCGACUUCAGCUGGCACUGGAUGUGGAAUACCUGGGGGAACAGAUCCAGAAGAUGGGUCUUCAGCCAAGUGACAUCCCCGUGUUCUCCACUCUGAUGGACCUUGUGAAAGAGGCCAGAGAACUCGCUGAACACAACCAGUAAAAAGGAUUACCAAGAAAGCUACAGGACUCUGAGAGUUGUGCAAGUUAUACAAGUCAUCAUUACACACAACAAAGUGACUGAAAAAAAUGUCACCAAUAUACACUAUAUCUAAAUCAAAGUCUUAAUUAAUACAUUAUAUAGUUAGAGUUUUUAAUCAUAGAUUUUCUAGUAUUCAUCGAUAAGAUGUAAUGUAGAAGAUACGGAUGUCACUCUAUGAAUUUCACUACAUUAUCAAAAGAAUUCACAGUAUCUGUAUUAUUGCGAUAUCUAUAGCUGUCAGUCAAAUUCUACUUAACUGUAACAAUGAUAACCAGCAUAAAGGUGCAUUACUGCCAUGUACUAUAUAAGUAAGAACAGAAAUUGUUGCUUGAUUGUUAACAUGUUGUUAUCAUAUGUGUAUUAUUAACACAAUAUCAAUAUUUCACCUUUAAAUAUCAUGAUUAUUAUUGUCAAUAUCGGUAUAACAUGACACCACAUGUUCGGGUAGUGCAUUACUUGCUUGACUCGUAAUAGUUAAUCAAUUAUGAAGAUGUUUUAAAUUGAAAUGAAUAAUCUUUUUAUUAUUGUUUUGCAGAGAACACUGCAUUAUCCCUCAAGUAAUUGAUAUUCUUUAACCGAGUGACCUCUCCAUGUUCUCCACUCUGAUGGAAUAUAUACGAGUGUAUAUAGAAUAUAUAGGAGUAAGUGACAAGAUGUGAUUCUGAGAAAUUACAGUCUUGUGUUUAGCUAGUUGGUGUACAGUAGUUGAUGAUAUGGUUCCCAAAAUAGAUAAUUGUCUAAAUAAGUAGGUGUCUAAUCCCUAUUUCCACUCUCAGCAAUAAAUGGUCAUAAAUCUCUAACAAGAGAGUUGAAUAACAUCUAGUGCAUCAAUUCCCUGCAGUCCGGUUUUGUAGGCUUCUCUCUUCUGACCUGUUAAAGUAACGCCUAUCAAUACAAAACUCGUGAAGCAUUGCAGUGGUAAUGAAAAACAAGAUAUUGUCACUAUGAUGGGAUACAAAUGUUUUAUUACAUCAAUCACAAAUCGUAACAAAACAAAAAUAAACUCUUAGUUACAAUAUACAUCGUCAUUAGUCUUUCAUCACUGAGCCUCGUGGUUUCUGUACCUACUCUACUGAAAAAUACUGUACAGAACUCUGCUGUAAUAAAUUUUACAGGAAGAAAAAAAAAA